AUGGCGAAAAAGGAAAAGUCAAAAAAGCAGUCUUCUGCUUUAAACGAUCCAAGAUUUGCCUUGGCUCAAACAGAUGCCAGAUUCCAGCUCCCUAGCUUGAAAAGAAACAAAGUUAAGGUUGAUGACCGAUUCAGCAAGGAAGAACUCAAGAAGUUGAAUGUUACGGCCACCGGCAGAAAAGUCAAAGUUGACAGAUACGGCAGACCGGUAAGAGAUGACAGUAACAAGGACUUUGAUAAGUAUUUCGAGGAGGAAAACGCCAGUGAAAGUGGCAGUGAAGCCAGCAGCGAAUCUGAAGAAAGUUCGGACUUCGAUGAUUCGGAACUGGAGGAGGAAGUGAUGGCGAAGAAAAAAACGCCAAAGAGCAUCGUAAAGCAGCCAAAGAAUACCAAAGGAGACGCAGAGGAGGAAAGCUCUGGUCUGGACACUGCAGUGGAGGAUGAGCCUGGCUUUGUGGACAAGGCCAGAGGUGAGGGAUUGAGCUCUUCAUCGGAUGAGGACUCGGAUUCCGACGAGGAACUUGAGGAUGAGGAGUCUGAGAUUGAGCUCGAGGAAGAAAAACCCGAAGAAGGUGAUCCCACGCUGACCUUUGCUGUGGUGAACAUGGAUUGGGACAACAUUCGUGCAGUUGACUUGAUGGCUACGUUUGUUUCAUUCGUUCCCAAGGGUGGCUCGAUUAAGCUGGUGACAAUCUACCCCUCAGAGUAUGGUAAAGAACAGAUGCAAAAGGAGGAAGUGGAGGGCCCUCCAAAGGAGCUUUUUGCAAAGAAGAAAAAGAAGGUAGAAUCGGACUCAGACUCAGACUCUGAGGAAGAACUCGACUUGAAAAACGCGGACGAUCUUGAAAAGGCGGCCAGGAAGAUUUACGAGGAAGACGACGGUGAAGAGGAUUACGACUCGAAGGCAUUGAGGAGAUAUCAACUUCAGAGAUUGAGAUACUACUACGCUGUCGUCAGGUGUGACAGUGUUGCAACCGCCAAAAACAUAUACGACAACUGUGAUGGUUCGGAAUACGAAUCCACGGCCAACACUUUCGAUCUUAGGUACGUUCCUGAAGACAUGGAUUUUGACGACCAAGAUGUCAAGGAUCAAUGUGAUAAAAUUCCUGCUUCUUACAGACCAGAUUCGACGUUCGUCACUGAUGCGCUUCAGCAUUCUAAGGUCAAGCUCACAUGGGACCAGACCCCAAAGGAGAGAACGACCCUCUCCUCCAGACUGUUUUCGCAAAAAGAAAUUGAUGAUAUGGACUUCAAAGCAUACUUGGCUUCAGACACUGACGAUUCUGAAGCUGAACAAGCAGAGCUGCUCAAGGAUAAAUAUAAAAAUCUUUUAGGCGGGAAGUUCUCCUUCGAUAAAGGUAAGGAGGACGAUGAGGAUGAUGUCGAUAUGGAAAUCACGUUUAAUCCAGGGCUUGAUGAGACGAAGGCUGAUAAAGUGCCCGAGGAGCCAAAGGAAGAGACAACUAUAGACGCUUACAAGAGAAAAGAGAAGGAGCGUCGUGCUCGCAGGCUAGAAAAGUUCAAGGAGAAGCAAUCCGAAAACGAGGCGGAAAAGGAAGACAAAUUGGGUAAGAAGGACAAGAAGGGUAAAAAUGAUAGAAAGAAGAAACUGGCUCAGGACGUUGACGAGAAGAGCAAGGCUGAGCUUGAAUUGCUUUUGAUGGACGAAGAUAACGAGACGGCGAAGCAGGAUCACUUUGACAUGAGAGACAUUGUCAAGGCCGAGAAAGAUAGAAAAAAGAAAAAGAAAAAGAAUAAGGGCAAGAAGUAUGACGAGGAUAUGAUUCAAGAUAGUUUUACUCCUGACUUGAACGACGAUAGAUUCAAGGAAGUCUUCGAAAGCCAUGAUUAUGCAAUUGAUCCCACAAGCUCUGAGUUUAAGAAAACCGAAUUGAUGAAGAAAAUUCUUGAUGAAAGGUCAAAACGACUGAGGAGAGAAGGAGAAGAUGAUCGCCAUGCUAAGAAGACAAAGAGGUCCAAGGCAUCUGUAUCAUCGAAUGACAAUUCUCUGGAGUUGAACAACUUAGUGAAGAAGUUGAAAAACAAAAAGCAUUAA